AUGGAUGAAUCAAAAGUCAAAUAUUAUCAACGUUUUGUAGUAAAAUUUAAGUGGACUUCAGUCAACUCGUCUAAUACAUCCUCAACACCAGUCGAACAGUCGCAUCAAGAAUCACAACAUGGAAAUAUGUCAAUGGAAGAUCUUAAACUUAACGAAACAUUGCAAACACGAGCUAAAAAACGUAGUAAUCGUUAUUAUUUAAAUGAUUUUGAAUAUUUCCGAAUGAUUAGAAGUGAGUUUCCUCACACUAAAUCGGCUUCACAACUUGGAUAUGUUAAUGGCAUUGUGCCUCUUGUGUCAACAGUAUUAAACCCGAAAGAUGUCUUAUUUAUAGUCAUGGGCAGCGUAAAGUAUGCUCAUAAGGCCAAGCUUCUGACAGAAACGUGGUUACAAUGGUCGCAAGGAAAUUUUUUCAUCUUUGCUGAUACCAGCAACGCCAGUAUUCCUUUGAUAACUUUGCCUCAGCUUAAAAAUAAACCUUCACGAGAGGAUGCGCAACAUCGACAAUUGUUAGGAUCACAAUGGAUAAUUACAAAUAAAUCUGAAUUAAUUAAGAAUAUAAAAUGGGUUGUGUUUGCAGAUGAUGAUACAUGGAUUAAUAUACCUGCCCUUCUAUCCUAUCUUCAGUUCUUUGAUCAUCGACUGCUACUGUCCAUUGGAUAUAUCUGGGAUGAUAUGUGGGUGACAGGAUGGUCAUAUUUCUCUGGAGGUGGCGGUAUUGUCUUUUCUCAAGUUGCAUUCAUGUCAACUAUGCCUGCAAUUUAUACAAAAGAAUGUCCUUUUCAAACAUGGAAUGACGUCACAUUGAUGCACUGCCAAAAACAAAAAGGUGUUACUAAAAUUCAUUCAGAUCGAUUCUUUUAUGACAAAGCACACGCUAUUGGUGGAUUUCAUCAUCUCAUACCUGUUUCUUAUGUAGGCAAGGCGACUUUUCACUACAUUAAUGAUGCUACAACUGCUCGAAGAAUGACGUGUGAUGUAGCUGUUUAUUGGAAAUGGCCCAUAAAAGGAUGUGACGAUAUCAAGCGAGAUGACAUGCCCCAUUUGCGUUUACCUUAG